AUGGUGCGCAAUAUCGUCGUUCUGGGAGGCAAUUCCCACCCCCAGCUCACAGAGAACGUCUGCAACAUCCUCGGCGUUCCCCAAAGUAACCGCAUCCUUUCAAAAUUCUCUGGCGGCGAGAGCCGUUGCGAAAUCAAGGACUCGGUCCGUGGAAAGGAUGUCUACAUCAUUCAAUCCGGCUCGGGCAACGUCAAUGACAACCUCAUUGACCUCUGCAUCAUGAUCUCGGCCUGCAAAAUCGGUUCAGCAAAGCGAGUCACUGCAGUUGUCCCACUCUUCCCCUACUCCCGACAGCCCGACUGGCCCUACAACAAGGCCGGCGCUCCUUUGUCGCAACCCACUGGGGGUUCCCGAAACGACUACACCUUCGAGAGCGUGCCUCCCACGCCUCGUCCUGGCGCCCCUCGGUCUGCCGGCUUGCCCAAUGGCGUUAACAACCUCACUGAGAAGCUGUCCAAGACCGCCAUCGCCAGGGAGAGCGCUGCCAACGGCGUCAACGGUGUCAAUGGCACCAAUGGCGACUACGCGCCGCCCCGCCGAUCAGAUACGAUCUCCAGCACCACUUCCAACCGUGGUCACCAGCAGGAGAAUUCUAUUUCCUCACAGCGAAGUUACACUACCCACGACUACGAAAACCAGUCCAACAUCUCGGCCUUCCAGCCCAAGCCGGGUUACAAGCACUGGAUUGCCCAGGCCGGCACUCUGGUUGCCGACCUGCUCACUUGCGCCGGCGCAGACCACAUCAUCACUAUGGAUCUUCACGAUCCCCAAUACCAGGGCUUCUUUGAUAUUCCCGUCGACAACCUCUACGGAAAGGCUCUGAUCCAGAACUACAUCCAGUCGCAAAUCCCUGGCUACCAAAACUCCGUCAUCGUCUCCCCCGAUGCCGGAGGUGCGAAGCGAGCUACCCUGAUCGCUGACAGCCUCAAAACGGAUUUUGCCCUGAUUCAUAAGGAGCGCCGUCCGAUCCGAUUCACCGAGCACCGCAAUGCCAGCAUGAUGCUUGUGGGUGAUGUCGCAAACCGCAUCUGCAUCCUGGUCGACGACAUCAUUGACACUGGAAACACCAUUACGCGCGCUGCUAAGCUUCUGAAGAAGGAGGGCGCUACCAAGGUGUACGCUCUUCUCACUCACGGAGUGUUUAGCGGUGACGCCAUUGCCCGUAUCAACGCUUCUGCCAUUGACAAGAUUCUGGUUACCAACUCGGUCCCCCAGAAUGAGCACCGACGACAAUGUCCCAAGCUCGAGGUGAUCGACAUCUCGCCCGUCUUCGCCGAGGCCAUCCGCCGCGUCCACCACGGCGAGUCGAUCAGCGUGCUCUUCCAGCACAACUAA